CCCCAACCAAAAGUGACCUGGACUUUCAAUGGUCAGUUCCUUCCAGAUCCAACUCGCAUAAGACCUGAGACAAUAUACAAUCAUGCCACUUUAAAUUUAAACAAAAUGAAAGCUUCUGACGCUGGUCUGUAUACCUUGACCUUAGAAAACCCCUUUGGAAAAGAUACUAUGAAUAUAAAAUUGAAAACAAUAGACAAACCGGGUCCGAUCAAAAAUCUUGCCGUCAAGUCAGUUACAUCAAACACGGUGACUCUUACAUGGGGCGAGCCUGAUACAGAUGGCGGAAGUGACAUCACGGGUUAUAAUGUGGAGAAAAAGGAAGGCCAGCGCAAAAUGUGGCAAUCAGUGACCAACACUCCAAAUUUAGAAGCCCUGGCAACUGGACUCUUCGAAGGAAACAAGUACAAUUUCAGGGUGGCCGCAGAAAAUUCAGUGGGUGUUGGUGAAUUUGUUGAAUUGGACCAAAUGGUGCAACCUAAGUCUGUUCCUAGUGUUCCCGGUGUUCCAGAAGUAUUUGAUGUAACCUCCUCUACAUGCAAGUUGACUUGGAAGAAGCCGGACUCUGACGGUGGAAGUGAAAUAACCGGGUAUGUGGUGGAAAAGAAG